AUGGACCAGCAGUUCGAUUUUCGAGCUUUAUUGGUGAAACUUCAAGAUUGUCUAUCCGACAACGAUCGACGUCGUUUACAUUUUAUUGUGGGCGAUACGAUACCGAGACAGCUACGAGACGAUCCAUCGUUGGGUGGAACCCUCAAUCUUCUUGAAACGUUGUUUGAUCAAGCGAAAAUUAAUGAGCAAGAUUUCAAUUAUUUAAUUCAAGUAUUUCAAGAAAUCCAAUGUCAUGAAGCAGUGAAGCGAUUAAAAGAACAUCAGCUCCGUGAACAUCAACGAGGUCGUAGUGGAACUAAUUCAACUAAUGUAUCCGAUGUACUUGAUGAUAACGACGUCGAUCGGGUCAUUUAUACGAAUUUGACUCCACAGCUUAAUACUGCAUUUUAUCAUCCUAAAGAACGCGAUGCAACGUCCACUCGUAGUACCGUGAUAUCUUUCGAUCAGAACAGUACCUCAAGCGACAAAAUCACACUAACGAAUCCGUCGAUAUAUGAUGAAAAUAAAGUGUUCAACCUCAACAAAACGUUAGUGAAGAAAAUAUUCAAAUCACGAGUUACAAUAUCUCAACUGCUUCUGUGUCUAUUAAAUGUUAUUGGCAUCGUUAUUUUUCUACUACUACUCAUCUUCUUCGUCAAAACUAAACAAUCGAACUCAGUAGACAUUCUAGCCGUUAAAGUAAGUCCUGUUUAUGGAAGCACAAAAGGCGGUGAUGGUUUCAAUGAUGCGACAGAUUGUUCCUUAACUCGUGAUGACAGGAUAGUAAAGAUCAGUGCUGGAUGGACAGACGAUAUACUUGAUUUUGUGACAAUUUUUUAUACACAAGAUAAAUCUAAACAACAUGGUGUUAAUGUAUACCGCUCCUCGGCAUUCACGUCGAGUUUUGCUUUAGAACCGAAUGAAAACAUUAAUGGCGCAUCGAUUUAUGUCGACAUACGUGCUAUUCCGAAUCCAUUUUCACCAAACGGAACGUAUAUCGUGGUUGGUCUACGUUUUUACACGGAUCAAGGACGAGCCAGCGACUUGUUUGGCUCAUCAAAGGGAGUAGUGGCCAACGAGACAACUUCGACAUAUCGAUUAAAGUAUAUUCAAGGCAGAUCUGCCGGAUAUGUCGAUGCUAUACAAUUUAUUUGGUACAAACCAAUACAAUCAUUGAAUAUUGCAAGUCUAUCAGAGGAUUAA